AUGGGCCUGGUCCGCAGGCUAUUGAUCUGGGCAGCCGUUGAUGGCGUCGUCCUCCAGGCUCAUGGGUCUGCAGAGCAUCCGAGAGCGCUCCAGAUCGACUACAAGAGCCGCCAGGUUAAAGAGCUUGGGAAGUUGGAUGCAUUGGCGAAGAAACCAACUGCACUGGAAGCCCACGGCAUUGUCGGAUUGCUCUCGAUUGCCUCGUCUUCUUUCCUCAUCGCAAUCACUCAGCGGGAGCAAGUUGCGCAGAUAUUUGGAAAACCGAUCUAUGUCAUUACAGACGUUGCCAUUCUUCCGCUGUCUUCCCAGAAAGCAGCCUCCCUGGCCAUCACAACCAUAUUGGAGUCUCAGGCGUCAGCCUCGUCCACAACCGAUACAGAAACCGAUGUGACCGACACGGAGGACAGCAAUACAAGUUUGCAGGACCAAGAAGAACCUGAAACUCCCAUAGAGCACACGGCCCCUCAACAAAAGAUGUCAAACCCCACCAGCAUCGCCAGAGAUGUCAUUGCUAACCGAGGCCAAUAUGGACGAUUUGCGAGCCAAUGGUUUUCCAAGCAGGGCUGGGGUGGAGGAAAGGACUCAGGAACCACCUCUGGCCCUUCAGCUAAGAGCGAUACCUCGAAGACGGCAACCAGCUCGAGACCCGAGGCGGCCGUCGCUGUUGCAGCAAAUCAACCCGACACCAGUAGCGAUGUUGAAGCACAAGAACAAAGCCACAGCAAAGAUGCCGAGCAGUUAUUGAGCGACACCUCCAUCACCGAGGCGACUCCCAAGGUUCUGAGAAGAACAAAGAUGAUCUUGACCUCGGGCAGUUAUUUCUUUUCUUACGAUUUUGAUUUGACGCGCAGAUUAGCGAUCAUGGAGGGAAGCGCAACUGCUCCUGCGCGCGAGACUCUCGACCCCAUGUAUUUCUGGAACCGGCGUUUACUAGGUCCAUUCAUGGACGCCAGGCAAGAUUCCUUCAUGAUGCCCAUAAUGCAAGGUUUUGUAGGCCAACGGACUUUCACAGUCAAGAAGGCAGAAUCAGAGAAUUCACAGUCGGCCUGUGUGGUGGACGCUGAGCAUGAGGAGCAGCCAGAAGGGAUACAACACGCUGUAGACCAUGCUAAAGAUGGUUUCGCCAGUGCCAGCACUGACAUGCAGUCCUACCUCCUCACACUGAUUUCACGACGGUCCGUCAAGCGAUCGGGCCUUCGGUAUCUUCGACGUGGCCUCGACGAUGACGGCAACUGCGCCAAUGCCGUGGAGACUGAACAGAUUCUGUCUGCUCCAGAUUGGUCUCCUUCUCGACGAAUACGAUCCUUCGUCCAGAUCCGUGCAUCCAUCCCCCUUUACUUCUCGCAGUCGCCCUACUCGUUGAAGCCAACUCCGAUGCUCCAUCAGUCACCAUCCAAAAAUGAUGCAGCCAUGAAGAAGCAUUUUCAGGAUCUCAGGCGACGAUAUGGAGGUGUCCAAAUUGCCUGUUUGGUGGAUAAGCAUGGUCCUGAAAACAUCAUUGGCGAGGCCUACGAGAAUAAGGUCCAGUCCUUGCAGGACUCGAGUCAACUUGAAGGUGUUCAGUAUGAAUGGUUCGAUUUCCAUGCCGAGUGUCGUGGCAUGAAGUUCGAGAACGUCUCGAGGCUUGUUGACAAGCUCGAAGGUACUAUCCAAAAUUACGGAGAGACUGUGAUCUCCCAAAAAGGCAUCGAGACAUCCCAAUCCGGAAUCAUUCGCACCAAUUGUAUGGAUUGCUUGGACCGCACCAACGUUGCUCAGAGUGCCUUUGGACAGUAUAUGCUGCAGAAGGACCUGGCCAGGGAAGGGUUUGAGAUCGACUUGCUCCACGACGAGACCACCACCUGGUUCAAUACCCUAUGGGCUGACAAUGGGGACGCCAUAUCUCGACAGUAUGCAUCCACAGCAGCACUGAAAGGGGAUUUCACGCGGACCCGUCGCCGCAACUAUCGUGGAGCUUUGAAUGAUUUCAGCCUGACCUUGACUCGGUAUUACAACAACAUGGUCAACGACUAUUUCUCCCAGGCGGUCAUUGACUUCCUCCUUGGCAACAUGUCGUGGAGAGUGUUUGAAGAUUUUGAGAGCAAUAUGAUGAGUAAAGACCCAGGGAUAUCUAUAGAUCAAGUUCGGCAAACUGCUAUUGAGAGUUGUGCAAAACAAGUCAUACAGGAGAAGGACGAAGACCUUAUCCACGGCUGGACGAUGCUGACGCCGGCACACGAGAACACUCUGCGGACAAUGCCCUUCGAAGAGGCGGUUGUGCUGCUAACAGAUGCCGCUCUGUACUGUUGUAGGUUUGACUGGACGACCGAAAAGCUUGCCUCGUUUGAAAAGGUUGACCUGCGAUCUGUCUCGAAGAUCCGGUACGGAACAUACAUCACGUCGACUUUCAGUGAACGACAGAUGAAAGAAGAGCUCAACGCCGGAGUUGUGGUAAUAUAUCAGCCCGGCAAAGGGAACACCAUCCGGACGAACACGAGGUCCUUACAGAACUAUGUCGCACCCAAGACAGACGAAUCCGAGAAUCGAAUCGACGGAGGCACAGGGAUCUUAUCUUGGCUUAGUCCUGCUUCCGCAACAUCACGAAAGCUGGCCAUGAAGGUGAUCCCGGCCGCAACGACAGACUCGGAUGGAGUUGCUGGGCCUCAAGCAGAGCCACCCCUGGCUAUAGCUGAGAACAUUGCAGGUGAGAUCCGCCGAGCGCUCACGGGGAGCAAUGAAUACGGCGCGCAGCAAGGAAAUGACCUUGUAGAGCAGUCGGCCAUUAUCUCGUUGGAAGAAGCGAAGAAACGAACUGGAUAUUUUGAGCAGCUCGGCCAUUCCCUUAAGAAGAUGGUAUGGACAUGA